AAAAGAGGUGCUUGAAAAAGUGGACUGUCAAAAUCGCAAAAUCUGGAGUAUUCUAUCGCGAAAAAUUUUACGGUUUUUCUGAACAAAUCCUUCACCCGAGGGCUAUGAUUUUUGUGGGAAAAGUAUCGUAAGCACUAGCGGCCGCCGAAAUGGAUUACGUUUACAUGAGUGGCGAUCCGGGGAACCGUGCCGAGGACAUUAUCACCUUGACGAUGUAUGAUGAUGUGCCAAGUGGUGGAAAUUAUCCGGCCACGGCCUUCGGCAGCACCUUCAACAUUGGAUUCACCGAGCCGGAACUGAUGGAGCAGGGUGUCGUAAUGGCGGACGGUGGCGAUCGCUUCGGGGUUUCGACGGUCCACUUCGACACCCAGGCCGAACUGAUUUGGAUGGGAAACCAGGGCGGCCACGUUACCUCCUACUAUGGUCCGACGAUGCAGAAAUACACCUCAUUCCAGGUUCAUGCCAACGAAAUGAUACGUCAAAUACACACUGUUGAUUCGGGAAUCCUGGCCCUUACCAGCACAACCCUGCGCCAUCAAAUUCGCCGAGGUACUCCGAAGUUCACCUUCCGCUCGGAUAAAAUGGUAGAUCUUUUGUGUAUGAUCGAGCACCAGCCGAACCGGAUGCUCAUGGGAGGCCACCAAAGUGAGCUAAUUGAUUUUGACGUGGCCACUUGCACCGAGAUGGGUUCAAUUCAAGCCGGAGAAAAUGGAUGCGCUAUUUUGAGAAGCCACACGAGAUAUCUCUGUGAGGGCGAUCCAUUUGGAAAGAUUAUCCUGCGCGACCCCAACAGUUUGUCAAUGGAACAUGAGCUACUAACCCACUCGGGCAGCCUGCUGGAUUUCGACGUUCAAGGAAACUACUUGAUCUCGUGUGGGUACAGUGGAAGGCAGGGUAACUUAGCCGUGGACAGAUUCUUGAUGGUGUACGAUAUUAGGAUGCUGAGACUGAUUUCGCCCAUUCAAGUGCUCAUUGAACCGCAAUUGUUGAAGUUUUUGCCAUCCGACAUCUCUCGAUUGGCAGUUGUUUCUCCAAUGGGUCAACUACAACUGGUUGAUACAGUAGAAUUGAGUGAACCACGAGUUAGCAUGUUCCAAAUUAACACAUUCAGCACUCAAUGCUUGUCCUUUGACAUCAGCUCUUCUGGACAAGCUAUGGCAUUUGGUGAUCAGUCCGGACACAUCAAUCUUAUUUCAGCCGUUAAGAUCAACACACCAUCUCUGCAGUUUAAUCCAUUUUCCCGAGAAACAGAAUUUGCAGAUACGGUUGAACCUCUUCCGAUGGUUUCAAUAACUGAUAAAAACUUUCCACUUUCCUCGAUUUUACUGCCCCAUUUGACUACUGGAACUCGUUGGCUUAGCGAUUGGCCAGAAUUUAUGAACAAAUACCAAUAUCUUAAACCGAAACCGAUCAAUCCAGAAAUAACAGCUACCAUGAAAAUGCAAGGAACCAUCGGGUACGCCCCUAAUCCUAAAACUACUCUUCGUAAUCAGAUGCCCUAUUUACUGGACAAUGGAUCCGCUUCUAAUCAGAACUCAACUCCCAUAAAUAGUUCACAGAAAGGAUCCGGCGAUCAGGGAUUGAAGCUUGUACCUCGUCGCUACCGGAAAGUUGAAGUAAAGUACAGUAAACUAGGCUGUCAGGACUUUGACUUUGAACAGUACAAUCAAACCGGAUUCGUAGGGCUAGAGGCAAACCUUCCAAAUGCCUAUUGCAAUGCAAUGCUGCAAUCGCUUUACUUCAUAAUCCCAUUGCGCAGAGCUAUUUUGUCCCAUUGCUGCUCGAAAGAGUUUUGUCUGGCGUGUGAACUUGGUUUCCUAUUCCACAUGCUGGAUGUUGGCACUUCCAGCCAACCUUGCCAAGCAAGCAACUUCCUGCGCUCUUUCCGUACUGUCCCAGAAGCAUCGGCCUUGGGCUUGAUUCUGUCCUCUGAUCGCAGCAACAAUGCGAAUGUGAAUCUUAUAAGCUUGAUUCAAAACUGGAAUCGUUUUAUAUUGCAUCAGAUGCAUUACGAGCUGCUAGAGGCAAUUAAGAAAAACGAGAACAUUAUGGUCCAGCAACAACAACACCACAUUCAAGAUAGCUUGAGAAAAGUUACACUUUCGGCAUCGCCAAGGCCAUUUAUUCCUGGGGCGGAAAUGCAUGUACCACACCAGGUUGACGAGUAUCAACAAAUUCUGGAUGGUGAAGUUGAGCAAUACGAUUCGAACAACGAAAAGUACCAAUUUCUAGAAGCUGCUACUGACUACGAGCAAUCAAUGCUUCCUGAGGAUUGUGAUCCUUACAUGGACCCCGCUAUAGAUCCCACCCAAGCUUAUGGCAGUUCGGCGAAUAAUAGCAGUAACAAAGCCUACAAUAAAGACGAAACCGAAAUUAGCAGAUUAUUCGGAACCCAACAGAAGAGUACUCAACGUUGUUUGAAAUGCAACACCGAAAGGGUUAAGAAUAACAUCCUGCUGGUGUGCAAUCUACUCUAUAUGGCAAACAACAAUCGUUCCGAUGGAACCUUCGCCUCAAUACUCAAGAAUUCGUUAAGCGUUGAGAAAACAACACCGGCUUGGUGUGAAAAGUGUAACAAAUUCACGCCCACUCAUCAGAAAAGUCGUGUAACCGAUUUACCGGAAAUAUUAUCUAUAAACUGUGGUUUGGAGACGGAAAAGGAACUCGAAUAUCUGAAGAAACAAAUGAGUCGUCCAACAGCCCAGGUUGGAGGAACUGGUGGCAGUUCGAACGCAUCAUCAUCGUCGGAUAACGAAGUGCGUAACGGUGGCAAUGGCAAGAUGUGCCGUUACGGUAUCAACUGUUCCCGAGUUGAUUGUCACUUCACGCACCCACGAAAAUCAUCACCAUCGGUGACUAUCUCUCAUCCAACUACUCAAACGCCACCACAAAAAUCUUGGUUCCCACUAAGCUUCCGUAUGACACUAAACGAAAAGGAAAAUCUGGAAAUCGGCUCACUCAAGAGUGCUUCCACUAGCAGUAGCAGCAGCGAUGGGUUUGACCCCAAAGAGAUGUACCUGGGCGAAGAUAAAUCUCCCCGUAAAUCGAAGAACUACAGUCUCUCGGCUGCGGUUUGCUACAUCAACGAUGGCGCUCAGCGUAACCUUGUGGCACUGGUGCACGUUCCCAGAAGUUAUCACGACCUGAAGCAGGUUCGACCGGGCGCAUCAGACCCUUCGGGUGGUGUUGAUUUCACCGAUGGAAGCUGGUAUAUAUUUAACGAUUUUAGCAUUUCACCUGUUUCGGUACAGGAAGCGGUUUGGUUCACCUUGGACUGGAAGGUACCCUGCGUACUGUUCUAUACAUCGAGCACCUUGCUUCGCGAUGAAGAAGGCUACGGCAAAGAAUGUCUUACGCAAUAUGUAAACCCAUUCACCAACGAUCUGUUUAUGGAGCCGGAGCCUUCCAACAAUACGAACACGGAGUCGACGGAUGAUAAAAAUUUCAAGCCCCUAGGUUCAGAGGAAAUAUUUCAACCGGGAGAUUUGGUGGCCAUGGAUGCCGAGUUCGUUACGCUAAAUCCAGAAGAAAGUGAAAUUAGAUCGGAUGGCAAGCUAUCUACUGUAAAACCGAGUCAUAUGAGCGUCGCUCGGAUCACCUGCAUUCGUGGACAAGGAACCGACGAAGGAGUACCAUUUGUCGAUGAUUACAUCUCAACCCAAGAACAAGUGGUCGAUUAUUUGACAAAGUUCUCCGGUAUCAAACCAGGUGAUUUGGAUGCUAAUUUCAGUAACAAACGAUUGACUACACUGAAAAACUCCUACCAAAAGCUACGCUAUCUCGUCGACAGUGGAGUUAUUUUUGUCGGCCAUGGUCUAAAGAACGAUUUCCGGGUCAUCAACAUCAUCGUUCCACCGGAGCAGAUUGUCGAUACGGUGUAUCUGUUCCAUCUGCCCCACCAUCGGAUGGUGUCGCUGCGUUUCCUGGCCUGGCAGUUUCUGGGCAUAAAAAUUCAAUCCGAAACGCACGACUCCGUCGAAGAUGCUCGCACCGCGCUGCUACUCUACAAACACUACCUGAAACUGAACGCCAAGGACGAAUUCACCAUGGCCCUCUCGAAUCUUUACGAAACCGGCAAAAAGCUACAAUGGAAGGUACCGGAAUGAACUGCUGGAGUGAAAAGAUAGAAAAUCCGUGGCUUUAAUCUUCGAACAUACUUAGUGAUAACAGUAUUGUAUUUAAAAACCAACAAAACUUUUCGAAGCAAGAUUAAAUGAAACCAUGCGGCUGAAGUGAUUCAAUCACGACUAUAGUGACAUGAGAUUUUUAUUUUCCAAAAGAUUUAUUUUGAAUUAUUUUGGCUCAUCAGUUUAGUUUACUACAUAUAUACGUAUCUCUUUGUAACGAUCAUAUUUAUAUUGUGUAUCAGUGAAAUCAGUGUCGUUGAAUGAUCAGUGAUCUGAUCAUCGUUCAUCAAAUAUCAAACAUCUACAGUUUUAAUAAAUAGUGGGCACAUCAAGGAUUGUGAUUGUACGAUGCAUAAAAGAGUGUCUCUUGAUUUGUAUCACAUUCACAACGCAGUUCUAGCGAGAAAAGUCAAAAGGACGUAUCAAAAAAUGCUCUAAGAGGAUCGGAGCUCUACGAUGAUUUGGCUUUUUUUUAUUAAGUGAGGAUAACCCUCACCCCUGUAAUAGGUCUUGUUCUGUUGAGGAACACUCACACAUAAGAUUUAUGAUUUUUUUAUGUCACGGACAUCUAGGAAACGUUCGACACCGAAAGUAAUGAAUUAAUUGCACAAAUCUCAAAGUUAUCACAAGAACUGGUA